CCUGAGGGACUACAAGCGGGCAGAAUAAUCAUGAAGACUUUUUUAGUCGCAGUCGUGGCGCUACUCGCCGCCGCGGCCUGGGCUGCGGACCCGCCGAAUGUGGAGGUGAAGGAAGUCAACAACAAGUGCGUCUGGACUAUGAGAACUCCCGUUCCUGAUGCAAAAGCAGGAGGUUGCCCGGCCACCUUCCCUAACAAGGGGAAGCUGGAUACCUUCGCCCAACUCAGCAAGGACAUGACCGCCGGCAUGACAAAGAUGGUGGAAGACACGAAACUGGCCUCCUCACCUCUAGCAAACCGCGUCACACAGGCCAUGAUUGAGAGAAUGGAGAUCGACCAGGACGUGAUCGAAGUGACUGCAGCCAUCCAGGAAGUCGACACUUCCAACAAACUCCUGGCUCAGAGGGCCACCAAACUAGCCUCGGAGAUAGGAGCUCUAAAUUCGAAGGCGACUUCUCUUCAAGCUGCGGUCAACAAGUUGUUGGCAUAACAUCAUCAGUGAGGAACUGACCAACGUUUCUAUGUGUAAUAACAACAUGUCCGUAAGGGAGGAUAGACAGUUUCAUAUCAGAAAAGCAUUUAAACAGCAAAAUAAAUGUUCUCUACAACAACAA